AUGGAAGAAGAAUCAGAGUUUAUGACCACAGCCUCAGAGACAAUAUCAGGCGUCCUCAGUGAAUCCAGAAAAGAAAGAGCCUUCCUAGCUAAAGAAGAACCAUGCCUUGUGGACCUGUGAGAAAUUUAAGUUGUCAGCACUAGAUAACAGUCGAUGAACAUAGCUGAAGAACUUAAACGGUUUUCAGAUGUGGUAUAAAGUGGUAUCAUUCUCAUUAUCACCAGAUGCUUCUCAAAGAUCCAAAGAAAUAAGAGCAAGCUGAGGUAGUAAAUGAAGCAGAUUAGUCAAAUGCAGCAAGGGUAGUGCCACUACAGAAGGGGAUCUAAGUGAGAAAAACCACACAGCCAUUACUGAAGCAGAACCUGUAGCCGUGGUAGAGGUUAUAGCUCUUAGAACUGUCCCUGUCUUAUGCGAAAACGAGGAAUCAAAGUAAAUGCUCUUCUUGACAAUACCAGCAGUAGAACUUACUUAGACAGGUACAUUGCAGCAGAACUCGGAUUUGAGGGCAAACCGCACGAACGUACAGUUAAUGUACUGGAGGACAAUUAUGUAAAGUUGGACAGCACAGUUGUUGAGUUCAUGAUUAGCAGUUCUGAUGGAAAAGUUUCCAAAGUAGUCUCUGCCUAUACAGCUGAGAGAGUCAUAGGAAACAUGCAAUUAGUUGAUUGGAGUAAACAAGCAUAAGUGGGUGCACCUAAAGGGCCUCAAGUUCGCUCAUGUAGGACUUAGAUCCGUGGUGCCAUACUAUACCUGCUCAUUGGUGUAGACCAAGCUUACUUAGUAUACUUGUUGGAAGAUGUGAGAGGACGACCUGGUGUACCCCUAGCUAGACCUUCUCCCUUGGGGUGGACCUGCAUUGGUAACCUGGAGCUGGCCAUAGAGAGAUAUCAGACCAAUUUCAUUCAUUCCUGAGUGAUACACAUGAGUUACACAAUCUUGUUCCUUUUUAUUGGUACACAUAAGAACCUAACGAGACUCUGAUGGUCAAUCCGCAUGACAAGUUAGCAAGUUACACUCUUGCUAAGUCCUUGAAGUUCGUUGAUGAUCACUGUGUUGUUGGCAUGCCUUGGAAAAGUGGCAGAACUUUAUUACUUGACAAUAACAGUAUGGUGUUACAGCGUCCACGGAGUACUGAGGGAAAACUAAACAGCCCCCGAAACGUGGUGAAGCUUACAAAGAAGUAUUGCAGACCUGCCAAGAUAAAAGGGUACAUCAGUUAAGUUCCACCUGGAGAAGCUAAGCCUGAACAAGCCUGGUACCUGCCCCACUUUCCAUUGCUGAGGCCAGAUAAAGCGACGAGCAAGUUUUAAACUCUUCUCCAAAGUGUAAUGGGUUGUCCUUAA